AUAUAAAGCGACUUGUUUUUGAAUUGGAGUAGAAACAUUAAGCAAUGCUAAACGGCGCAAUUUAAGCUUUAACGGUUUAUUAUUGUACCGUUUAUCCGAUAAGCCAAUCCGCAAUGGAAAUGCACGCUUUGCGCAAUGCAGACAACCCUGCUUUCAUCGGUGGCAAAGCCGGGCCUGUAAACGGUGGAGCGAGAAGGGCAGUGUUUUGUGAACUGUCCAACUUCGCUCACAAACCUGCUCCGACCAAGAAAGUUAAAACUGUGCUACCUGUAAAACCAAAUGUCCAGCCAGCUGUGGUCCAAACCAAGCGAGCCCAGGUAAGGCAGGAAGUAUCUUACCCUGCUCCAGCUUUACCUCCAGCUCAAGCUGAUGUCAGCAUGAAGGAAGAGGAACUGUGUCAAGCCUUUUCCAACACCCUCUUUCCAGUCGAAGAUAUUGAUGAAAAUGAUGCUGACAUGCCUCAGUUGUGUUCUGAAUAUGUAAAGGACAUCUACGUGUAUCUGCUACGCCUUGAGGCUCAGCAGUCAAUCCGUCCCCGUUAUAUGCAUGGUUAUGACAUCAAUGGGCGAAUGCGUGCACUUCUGGUUGAUUGGCUGAUUCAAGUGCACUCAAGAUUUCAGCUACUGCAGGAAACCCUAUACAUGACUGUUGCCAUCCUUGAUCGUUUUCUCCAGGUUCAACCAGUGACCCGCAAGAAGCUCCAGCUAGUGGGGGUUACUGCGAUGCUGAUUGCUUGUAAAUAUGAGGAAAGGCAUGUGCCAAUGAUUGGGGACUUUGCCUACAUUGCUGAUGAUGCCUUCACAAAAGCCCAGAUUCGAGAGAUGGAGAUGUUGAUUCUAAGUGAGCUGAAGUUUGAAUUGGGGCGACCUCUACCCCUGCACUUUCUACGGAGGGCUUCAAAAGCCGGAUAUGCUGAUGCUGAGAAACACACUCUUGCAAAAUAUUUUCUGGAGCUGACGCUGCUUGACUAUGACAUGGUUCACUAUCAUCCUUCUGAGACUGCAGCUGCUGCUCUCUGCCUCUCUCAACUUGUGCUUGAUGGGCAAAAAUGGUCAUCAACCCAACAACACUACUCUACAUAUGAUGAGACCCACUUGAAGCCGAUCAUGCAGCACAUUGCCAAAAAUGUUGUUAAUGUCAACGAGGGACUCUCAAAGCAUGUGACUGUGAAGAAAAAGUAUUCAAGCAGUAAGCUAAUGAAGAUCAGUGUCCUUCCCCAGUUGAAGUCUUCACUUAUAAAGGAUCUGGCAGCAUGUUUGCUUUCCAGCUCUUGAGUAUUUUUUUUUUUUUUUUUUUUUUUCUUUCUUUCUUUUUAAUGUGGAAGUGGAUUAAACCUGCACUUUAUGCUUCAGUCAGCCAUUUUGGGAUUUUGACUGCUGCUUUUUAAAAUGAUUGAUGUACAUAGUCUUGGAAUGUCUGUGUGAAUUAAAUUUGUUUCUACUUUUUUUAAUUACAUUUUAAGCUGAGGGUUUAUAUUGGGCUUUAUUGUUUUCAUUUUAGAAAAUU